AUAUAAGGGAGCAGAAUGAAUGGAGAACAUAUUGUGAAGGACAUCCAUUUAGAAACACACACUUUUAGGUCAUCUGCACCACUGAAAUCCGUCAUCAUGAGUUACGGUGGUCACUCCUCUGCUGGAUCACACCAUGGAAGCUGCCAUGUUGGUAGUCAUCUGUCUAAGAUCCCAAGCCACACAUAUGGUGUUCAUCAUGGAGGAUCUUCAAUUAGCCAUCACGGAGGAUCCCUCUCUUCUCACCACCAUGGGGGAUCUCAUGCUUCUCAUCUUGGAGGAUCACACUCUUCUCACCACAAUGGGGGAUCUCAUGCUUCUCAUCAUGGAGGAUCCCACUCAUCUCACCACCAUGGGGGAUCUCAUGCUUCUCUUCUUGGAGGAUCCCAUAAUUUACAUCAUGGAGGCUCCCAUACUUCUCACCAUGGAGGCUCCAACAGAUUCCAUUCUACAGGUUCUCAUAGUUCUCAUCAUGGAGGAUCCCAUGCCACCCACCAUGGAAGUUCCCAUAAAGUCCAUCAUAACGAUCACUAUAGAGCUCCCAGUGUACAUGGAGGAUCAGGAGGCAAAGGAAUCUCCAUAUCCAAGCACGUUCAUGGAGGUGCUCACAGCAGCAGUCAUAAAAGCAUUAUUAGCCAUCAUGGUUUGUUCAAUGUCAACGGGAAGGAAACCAUGCAGCAUUUAAAUGAUCGCUUGGCUUCCUACUUGGACAAAGUCGGCUCCCUAGAGCAACAGAAUGCACAGCUUGAGAGGAAUAUCCGGGAGUGGUAUGAGAGGAAUCAGCCCAGCAGUUUACCUGACUAUAGCUGCUUUUUCAGAGUCAUUAAAGAACUUCAAGACCAGAUUUCCUCAACAUCUGUGGAAAAUGCCAGGAUUAUAUUACAAAUAGACAAUGCUCGUCUGGCAGCAGAUGACUUCAGAAACAAGUAUGAAAUGGAACGCCAACUGGCAAGCAGUGUUGAGGCUGAUGUGAAUGGACUUCGUAUACUCCUGGAAGAGCUGAACAGGGAAAUAUGUCAGCUACAGGCACAAGUAGAAAACCUUCAGGAGGAACUGCAGCUAAUGAAGAGGAACCAUGGGGAGGAAGUCAACGCUUUGCAAGCUCAGUUGGGCGCCAGGGUCAAUGUGGAAAUGGAUGCUGCACCAUCGGCUGAUCUGAAUAAAACAUUGUCUGAGAUCAGAGAGCAGUAUGAGAAUAUGAUGGAGCGAAAUCUGAGAGAGGUGGAAACUAUUUUCCGUCAACGGACUGAAGAACUGAAUCGUGAAGUUGCUUCUGGUUCUGAACAACUCCAAUCUGUACAACCUGAAGUAAUUGACUUGAGACGUACCAUCCAAACCUUGGAAAUUGAACUGCAAAGCCAGCUCAGCUUGAAAUCAGCUCUAGAAAACACCUUGGCAGAGACAGAAGCCACAUUUGGGGCUCAACUUGCCCAAUUACAAUGUUUGAUCAACAAUGUAGAGUCCCAGCUGACCCAAAUCCGAUCUGAUCUUGAACGUCAGAAUCAGGAAUACACGAUCCUGAUGGACCAAAAAACUCACCUGGAGAUGGAGAUCGCCACCUAUAAGCGUCUAUUGGAGGGUCAUGAUAUCCACACUUCAAAUCAAAGUUUUCUAGGAGACAGCCAUGGAUCUCACCACACAAUGAAAGUUCACCAUGUAACUACCCACACUCAUCAUAAACAUCAGCAAAGUCAUCAUCAACAUCAUAAUCACCAUAAUGUUUGCUAAUGUGUUUCUGACUCUUCUGGAGAACUCUGUGGAUAAUAGUAUCUCUAGAAAGUCUUUUGGUGUCUUCCUCUGUCUUCUUCCUAUGUGGUCUUUGGGAUCUGCUUUACCUAGGCAAAACUUGGCAUGAGACAUGAACUUUAUCCACCAAAAUACCCAGUAGACACAACUGAAAUUAUGCAAGGUUUAGGAUUAGUUGGAUAUCUGUUCAUCUUUAGAGGUUGGUGGUAAACUAUUGAAGUUUACCUAAAUUGUAAGUUAAUUUCAAGAUGUUGACCUAAGUGUUACAAAAAUUAUGGAUUUCUGGCCUUUGAAAACAUUUUAAAGAUCCAAAAUGAAUGAAGGUAUUUUAGUCUACCCAGUAUUUUUAGGGAUUACAUUAUGGGGGAGCAUAAGAUAUGAUUUUCCAUUCACUUUUUUGGAGUACUUUCAAUAUUUUUAGUGCCCAUUCACUCCAUGAUACAUUUUAUUAUCCAGACGUUGUGCUAACAUGUAGUGCAAUGUGUUGCAUUGGCAUUUAUUUUGCAACAGCAUUGAAUGGCAUUCCAACACAUGUACAGAAUGCAUCUAUGCUAUGCCUUGAUGCAGCACAUCACAUGACACAAUGUGGAUUACAUGGUAGUGCAUUGAAGAAAACAAUAGAGUGCAAGAAUAUUUACCUGGGGCCCAUUCAGAACAAAUAACCUGUGGCAAUGGAGUUCACCACAAUGCACUAAGAGUUAGUUGUGGUGCAUGUGUUACUGUAACAUAUUCAAGCAUAAACAGGCACUUUUGGUACAUAGAGUUGCAAGGCAGUUGGCUUCACUCAGUAAUCAGUAAUUUUAAAUUACAAAGAUAAUAUGCAAAAUGAGUUAGAAUAUGAACCAGUCUGAUCAGUAUAGAAUAGAAUAUGUUUUUUUUGCUGAAUUCUCUUUCGCAAUGUAGUUUCCUUUUAAAAAGACCAAAAAAACAGCACCUUCAAAUGUGCCUUUAGUACGUGAAUGCACACAUAAAACACGUGCUUAAUUUAACUGGAACUCUAGUCUUCUGUUGUGACUUUAGGGAGUUUUAUUGACAUAAUCCUGUGCAGAUUUUAUUAUAGAGUUGUAGUAUUGGUUUUAUAAUCAGAUAUUAAUAACCUAUUUGCAUUGUCUACCAUUGCACAUAGUAAUGGAAUAUUAGCAUGCAUUAGCAUGCAUAUUUUAUUUGGUGGACAUGCUAAGCCCUAGAUUCUGGUUAUUUAAAAUGUGUUAGGAUUAUUGUAAAUAUGAAUAUAUAUAUUCUGGUGUACUACUACUGCAGUAAUCUGGUUGAAUUUUGAUCAUCGUUCUCUUGUCCUUGUCACUUACUUAAUUUUCAAUAAAACAAAUCUUUUCUUGUUCAUGCAA